AUGGAUAUAUUGAAUGAAUUUACAGUAUCGGAAUUGAUAGAUUUAGAAGGAGCACUUUGUUUUGGAUUAACACCAUUUGAAGUGUUAAGAACACCAAGAACAGUAGAUACCGAGAAAUUUGAUAGAUUAGAAACGACAUUAAAUGAUUCUGGACUUCGAGAAGAAUUAACAUGUGCAAUAUGUUCCGGAAUAAUCUCAAAAUGUGUCGUUAUUAAAACUUGUCUUCAUAGAUUCUGUUCAAACUGUAUUGAAAAAUGUGUUCGAGUUGGAACAAGAGGAUGUCCGAAAUGUAGGAAACAUGUACCAUCUCGAAGAUUCUUUAGAAAUGAUCCAAUUUAUGAUUCUUUAAUCUCAAGAAUCAUAUCAAAUGUUGAAGUAUUUGAAGAACUUAGUGAUACAUUUACUAUGGCAAUAAAUAAAGGAAUGAAAAAUGAUCCAACAAUUAAUGCAAUCAGAUCAAAAUAUCUUAAUGAAAAUCCUAAAAUACAUAUUGAUCAUCUUAAACAAGUUGGUGAAUUACAUGAAGGAGAUUUUUCAUUGGAAAGUAAAUUUGAUAAUAAAGUAUAUGUACGUGAAGUAAAAGAGAAAAGACGUGAAGUAUUAAAAUUAUUACCCAAACCAAUACAUUUUACCAAAUUACAAUAUAAAAUUUUAUCUGAUGAUACAUUACCACAAAUUCUACCAAAUCAUAUGAAAUGUGAUGGAAAUAUAACAAUAUAUCAAUUAUAUUUAUAUAUUAAAUCAUCAUUAAAAUUAAGUCGAAAUUCAAAAAUUUGUAUAUACUUAAAGGAUCAUGAUUAUAUACCUUCACUUAAUGUUACAUUAGCACUUUUAAGAAAUAUCGUACGUUCAACAUAUUAA